CUGGGAGUCAACAUUUUCCUUGCUCUUAUUGUAGGAGCCAUUUUCUUUGGGGUCAAAGAUGAUCAGAGUGGCAUUCAGAACAGGAUGGGUGCUCUUUUCUUCAUUACAACUAACCAGUGUUUCAGCACCGUGUCUGCAGCCGAGGUCUUCAUCACUGAGAGGAAACUGUUUGUACAUGAAUACAUCAGCGGCUACUACAGGGUUUCUGUCUACUUCCUGUCGAAGAUCCUGGCUGACCUCACCAUGCGCACCGUCACUUCUGUCAUCUUCAGCGUCAUUGUUUACUUUUUGAUUGGACUGAAGUCCACAGUCGAAGCCUUCCUCGUCUUCACACUGACUGUGACUCUGGUGGCCUACACAGCCACAGCCCUCACCAUGGCCAUCUCAGCUGACCAGAGUGUGGUGGGUCUCGCCAGCCUCUUCAUGACCAUCACCUUUGUCUUCAUGAUGAUUUUUUCAGGCCUUCUGGUGAACUUACCCACCAUCAUGGACUGGCUGGCUUGGCUGAAGUAUUUCAGUAUUCCUCGUUACGGUUUUGCUGCCUUGAAGAUCAGUGAGUUUGUUGGCCUGAAGUUCUGCGAGGAGUCUGUAAACCAACGAGCCAAUGCGUCAGAAAUAAAGACCAACUGCGCUGCGAGCACAGCUGGCCAGAUAUGUAGCGGUGAGCAGCACCUGGACUAUCUGGGCAUAGAGUACAGCUCCUGGGGCUUGUGGGAGAACCACGUGGCUUUGACUGUUAUGAUGGUGAUAUUCUUCAUCAUCGCCUACCUGAAGCUCCGCUACAUCAAGAAAUUCACUUAAAAACACAGCUCUGAAGUCUUCCUUGUGUUUGAUAUAACUUAACAACAUUUUAGGGUAUAGUCCUAUUUGCCUUUUUAUGCAGUGACCACUCUCAGGGUUUUAAUGUGAAGGAGUGGGCUUUUUAUCUCAAAUAGAGGUUGAUGGAGGAUUUUCAAAAGCAAAUUCCAAAUCUUUAUAAAUCAGGACUGAUUUAUAAAGAUUAUGUGUUUGGUUUGGGGUAUUAAAAAGUAACAGUUUAAUAUUCAUACACAUUACAAGACAAGGCUGUCUUUAUUUUGCUGGUGACCCACUGAUCAGUACAGAUUCUUACCUGGUUGACAGAGUAUUUAAAGCUCAUGAUGAUGAUUGCAACAUUUCUCUCCUGAAUGGAAAAUUAUAAAUGAAUGUUUUAUUAUUUUCCCUGGUAAAUACAAUAUUGUUCUUUGAAAGUAAUAGUUUGAUCAACUGCCUGAGUUUUUUUAUAUAGUAUAUUUAAAGAUACACGUCUCCAAACUGUGAACAUAUCAGAAAUCUAUAAAACAACAUAUAUUUUAUAUUACAUUAUAGAGCAACAAAUGGUUUAAAUCUAAAGUUCAAAGAAGGAAAAUCUACUGUUUUACAGCUAACUUAUUAUUUGACACAAAUCCGUUAUGACAUUCUGCAGGAUUUCCAGGAUACACUAAAAAUAUAUUUUUACUAAAAUUUUGAUUUUUUUUCUUCCAAAUGAAUAAUGUAAAAGUUGAUCGUUUUAAACUUUUAUAAUACUUUUUCUCAGUGUUUGAAAAAAAAUGCUGACGUAAAAUUUACAUUUUCAUUGAAGUGUUACUGUGCUUGGCUGUACACAGACACUAAGUAACAGUAAGAAAAAAAAGAGAAUUGUCUCUAUUUUCAGGACACUUCUUUACUGUGCUGUUUAAAAUAAGAAAUGUUAAUGCUGUUUAUGUUCUGCCAAAGUAAAUUUAUUGCAACUACUGUAUACUGGAUUCAUGUUAUUAGCAAUAAUGUGCUCUAUAAAUAUGAAAAUCUAGUAGUUUGUUUUGAUCCGUAAGCUUUAUAUAUUUAGAGGGGCGUUUUUAACAUUUCAAAUCAACUGAAAAUAAAAAAAUCUAUGUAUUUAAUGUUAAUUUUCUCAUAAAAAACAACAACUAAAACCCUGAAAAUUAGGCUCACAUUCAGUAUAUAACUAACUAGAAUAGGUCCUGGUAAACAAAUAAAAUAGAUCCAGAUGUAUUUUAGUUGAAUAAAAAACUGACAUGUUUUAUUUUAUAUUUACACUUUAUUUGGCAAAACGGAUUUUAAAAAAGGCUUGUAAAUCAAAGUGAUUGAAUACAUAACAAUAAUAAUAAAAGCACAGGCUUCCUGUGAACACUAGAUGCACUCCGAAUCGAAGUUUGUUUCAAGUUACAAUAUGUAGCAUAAAUUUAUAAGCUGGUUAAUCUGAAGCUUAACAGAUGAGUAAAUAUGACAAAAUAGUCCACACUUGCAUCAGUGUUAAAAUUAUACAAA